AUGACGAUGAUUAAUAGUACUGAUGCAUUCACUGUUCAGAAUGCAACGGUUGUUCGUAAACAGGGAUCUUUGCUUGGUCUUUAUGCAGACUUUGCAGUGAUGGAGGUCAACUUGGACAGAGACUUGUAUAUAAAUCAUGCGAUUGCUUGUGCCAACUACACAUCGCCAACGCCAUUGCCAGAGAUCGAUUGCACCUGUGACAUGGCCAGUCACGACAGAUGUGGACAGUCUGCCUCUGGGCAUCCUUCAUGCAAUUCAACGGCAUGCACGCCCACCACCAACAUAUGCACACUCGAUUGGAGCCAAGUGUUUGCCAAUCAAACCUAUCACUUCAACAAUGUUACCGAACUACUGUUACUAAGAUACAAGCCAACAAACAAAUAUGUUGAAAGUACAACUUUUUACUUUGCCUUGGAGUAUGGAGAGCCAGGCGUGUUCUUGAUGGGCGGUGGCACUGGUGGAAGGAUGGGCGACUCUUCGAUGUUGUCAGAGAUUGUGUUUACGAUAUGCCCGCAAGAUUCUAUUUGGACAAAUGAUACAUAUCACAUGACAGUGUUUGAUACAAUGAAGACAGUGGGAUUCAAAUCACCUUUCUCUUUGUCGCUCACAAUCUAUUCGGCGCCAGUCAAUCCUGUUGUAACCACUGCACCCAAAUGCACAAAUAUCAGUGCCGCCGCCGACUCACCCAAAUGUAUCAACGAUGGAGAGCUGAUCAUUGGUGCGGGUUGCGAGCAAAGGACGUUCGUGGUCGACCGUGACAUGACCUUCUCAUUCAUGUGUCCCAUGACUGGAGGGUCAUCAAUCUUCAUCUACAUUCAAGAUGGCAGGGAUGCCUCUCAAGAAGACAACAAAUGGGCCUAUGUCAACAAUGCAGUUGACAAUUGGGGCUCAAUAGUUAUUGGACCAUGGCCAAAUGGAACGGCAAGGAUAUUGCAUAUUUAUACAAUGCCACAGGGAGGAUGCGGCUUUUCUUAUACUUGUGUGUUUACAUCACAUGCACCAUUGUUUAGACGUCCACUGACGGAUAACUAUCCUCUGGCCGGUGUAUUCAAUCUUCAGAACUCAGCCAGCAUCAUUGCGACAACAAUGGGUGGAGUAGUGAUCUCGUCAAACAAUGUCCGUUUGCCAUCAUUCUUGUCGAUCAACUUCCCAAUGAUAUAUGGCGAUACAUUCUGGCCCGUCCCACAGCCGUUCAGGAUCCAACCAAACACUGGCUUCACUCCCUACACAUACACGCGACUUCGUAUCCUCGCCACGGACAACCAGCCCAAGAACAGGACGUUCCAGGCUGCCUUCCGUCUGGGCUUCUCGACCUUUAGCUCAUUCGUGUCCGUCGAGGAUGUCGCUCAGUUUACUCUACAGUUCAACAGUGUGUUGGUCGAUGUCGAUGGCAAACCCCUGGACAAUGCCGUGAAGCUACAGUUGUUGGACACGCCACCAUGCAACUACGCCGACUACGCGACGUUCUUUGAACAGGUGCAACGAAUUGAGGGCAACGUCACGACCGAGACGGACUUUACUCAGAUGUACUCUUACAAGUUCAACCUUGAGAUGUUGGCAUUCCGCGACGCUUGGGUUGGCUGCACACAAAUGUCCACCAACUACCUCUCACUUCAGAACACCACAACGAUCAAAGAGACAACCGACUGUCCAUCCCCUACCGAUCCAAAGUACGCCAAUGACCCCUGUUGCCGAGAGGGUCUCCAAUUCGCUCAGUGCUGCGUGCCCAGACAACUGGGACUCACCAGGUUGGACCUGACCGCUGUCAAUCAAUCCACUGUCAAUCAACAAUGUUCAAGCCCUACAUGUGUUACAUCUGUGCUCAAUGACUAUUACUCUUCGACUUCAUUGAUCAACGAUGGCGAUUGUAGAGUGCCCAAGAUAACACAGACAAAGGAGAUGGAUGAGUUGAUAGACACGAUCAGAAUGUGCAAGGAAUCGGUAUACAGUGAUGUCUAUUGCCAGACCGAUGCAGACUGCACUCGCGAUCAGGGCAAAUGCAUAUUGUACUCGCGCAAGUGCAUGCCCAAGUUGGAAAUCCAGGACCGUUCAUAUAUCAAGUGCAUCAUAGACAAUGCCAAGGCAUCAAUCAUCUUCAAUGUGCUGCUACAGGCCAACAUGGCCAAAAUGACGGACAACAGCACAGUCCUGGCCGAUAAGCUUUAUGGCGUGUACGCUGCCAAUGACUGUGUGGCGCUAUCCGGCAACACCUUCAGACAAAAGUACAACAUCAAGAACUCGGUCUACUGUCCUAAGCCAUACCUACAGCCGUCCUGUCUGGAUCAGACGUGUGCACUACAGCACGACACUUGCUUUGACCUUCUUGCGCCGUCUUGGGAGUUGCAGAGGGCAGGCUCAGACAGUUGCUCGACGCACAUGUGUACGUCCAAGGGUUGUUUGUCGAGCCAGAUGAUGUGCACCAACUGCACAGAAGAAUACUGCGGCCACUGCACGGACAAUCAUUCAUUCUGUCACAACAUCAAGGAGUUGAACGAUACUACUUCGUGCUCGAAUUCAGGCGCGGUGUGUCUGCUGCCCAAUGGCCUUUACAAUCGCACCAUGACACCUGAUCAAUGCGCCCAAGCAGGCCUUUGCUCACAAACCUGCGGCUACACAUGCGUUGGCACAUACACUGGAUGCUACAGCACAAAUUUCAAUUCAACCACUUGCGCAGCGACCUCUGGCGCUACAUGGAGCACAGCCUUCACAGUCUGCCAGUUCGCCAGCAUGAAUCAACAGGACUGUUCAACCAACGGCCAUCAGUGGGAAGACUGCGCGACACACGGCAACUCAGAGUGCCUCUCCAAGAGUCUGUCCAGCAACUCAUCGAACCCAUACAAUAUCAGAGGCAACAACUGUCAGGUACAGGCCAAACAGUGCAGCUCAAAGGCCGAGUGCGAGCAAGCGUCGGGCUCAUGCUCUGAUCAGUUCUACUUUGAUAACAAGGUGCUCUCAAGCUACCCCUCGGGACUGGGCAAGUGUCUGCGCCCACAUACCAACGGUACGAUAGGCCUCGUUCCCUCGUGCCUCUACAAUGUUGUUAAUCCCGACAAGGACUCGCCCAGGGGAUGCUAUGCCUCAUCGCCCUCGGUGUUCAGAGCUGCGGACUGCCCCGCUGGCUACACCUGGUGGGCACAGGCCAACAACCAACAGCAAUGCGAGUCGCAGUUUGGCUGUCUGAUGCCCGACUUGUCAACCUACGCACCCGACAACCAACGCCGCUACAACGAGAUGACCGAGUCACAAUGUGGCGGCUGCGACAACUCAUACAAAUGGGGUCCAAUGUUCAAGUGGACGCCCGGCAAAUGGUUGCCUGGAGUCAUGGUCAAGCCACAAUGGCUCUCAGGUGCACAAGUCAACUUCACAACAUAUCAGCCCGCGCUGGACUUCCAGGCGUUCUCCACCAGUCUGAUGAACGGACUACAAAUUGAAACAUUGCGAUACGAAUCAACUUGCAAGGUACAGCGACUACAGGACCAGGUCAACUCGAUAGCGUGCAGCUGCAGGGGUCCAGGUGGCCCUCAAUGCUUCCUCUCCAGCUCCGUGCCCAUCAAGAAGGUGAUAGCAUGCGCCAAUGAAACGUCGUCCUACCAAUUCAUCACUGGCAUUCUGUUCUUUGACGAGCAGUCUGUGGCCAUGUCCUGCAACAACCUCAUUGUGUCACAGGUCACACGCCAGAACUUCAAGUCCUCAAAGAGUGUGGUGUCGCUCAGCUCGGACUUUGUCUCGUACAAGCCGCCCAUCGAUUAUGGCAUCACCAACAGCAAGGGAGCGUACAUUGGACAGGUUAAGAACGAUGGUGUGGAGAUCAACCCCAAUGGCGCCACACACUUUACGAUGUGCCUCUCAGUGGAGGGCGACGCCACGUCCAAGGAGUUCCCUGUGUCCGACUUUGCAUUGUUGCUCGACAAACAGUCAUCCACAUUCACGCCCAUCAACGCAGUCAUCACGCAAAGGAUCAUCAAUGGCACAGACUACAUUUGCUCCAACAUCAGCAUGACUGGUACCACGGCACAGACGUUCUUCCCCGUGUCCAGGGUGUCACAGUGGGAGGACGCCAAGAAGCGAUACUUUAGCAACACGGACGAGGCCUUGCUGUUCACGCUGGGCACAUUGUUUGGCGUGCAUGCCUUGUGGGGCCUGUUCCAGUUGGGCUUUGUAAUGUUCACGAUUGUCAACCGCGAUGAGAAGCCCAAGCUGGUGCACCUGCUUAUCCUCAGCAUAACAAUCUUCAUCUCGAUUCGCUGCAUAUACUUCCUGGCGCUGCCCUCUGGCACCUUUUACAACUCGACGAUAGCCGACUACGUCCUGGUGGUGCUACCCACAUUCAUCUACUUCACAUCAUUCUCGAUCAUCAUGGCGUUGUGGUACGUGGUGAUUGGAAUCAACAUGCAGGAGGGCAACUACAUGCAGCGACUUCGACGUCUGAUCAUCAUCGUCAACAGUGUGCUCUAUCUCCUGUUCGUCUUCAUCAUCCUCGUGUUCAACUACACCAAGAAUGGAUCGCUGGUCAACAACUGCAAGGGUCGCUUCAUCGACACGAUAUCCAACACGAGGGCACAGCGCAUCAUCUCGAUCUUUUACGGAGUACUCCAAGCGACCAUCUCAUUGUUGUUUGGUAUCACAUUCAUUUAUCUUGGCCAGCGCAUCCUCAAGAUCAUCAAGGGCAGGACGACAAGGGCCAAGGCACAACCUGACGCCAACGCCACGACAACGACUGGCGGCAACAACUUCCUGACUCGCUGGUUCACAUCCACCAUCCAGACCAAGAUCUUCUUUGUGACAGUCACCUGCUCAAUCGGUCUGAUACUGCACAGUGUGUUUGUGUUAGCACUGGUGUCGUCGCAAUGGUCCAAUGUGACGUUCAGCUUUGUCGGUCUGAUCAUCACAGAGAUCAUACCAGUGAUGACCAUCUUCUUUGCCUACAACCAGGGUCAGGUGUUCAGUUACAUUAUUCAGAAGCGAUCUGGUACAUCUGUUGCCGGCUCGAACAAGACCAACUCUCGAUCGGCUUCCAUCUCAGACUCGAGCAGUACCAAGAUGAAGCAGAUGAGUUCAACAUCAUCAUUGUCAAUCACUCAACAAUAA